CAGCCAGUAAUCAGCUACUAUUCUUGUCUAAUACGAAAUGCCGGAACUUUUGCUACUGAAACAUUGCACAUGCCGCUCCAAUAUUUGGCUAACAACUGGCAGUUCUCAUUGUGACCUGUGAAAGAGUCUUUUAUGUUCCCUUUGGAAUGGUCAAGGAAAUUGCUUCUGAUAGGAAGUGGCCCACGUUGAAUCAGAAGUCGAGAACUUUCAUCCGAGUAGGCCUGGUCAGUCGGCUCGAUGAUCUUUCCGUCAAUCCCAAAUUAUCCAAGGACGAGGGUCUCGGAGAGGAAUUAACUAUCUCCGAGCAAGGAUGCAUCAUAGUAUAUCUGGCCCAUCCUCACGACCACAUCGCCCUUGCCCUCGACUUCGAUGAGAGCUAUUUUUCGAAAAUCAAAACCCGGCGCCUACCUGCAUCUUCAUGUGUCUCACCUCCAGGCUCCUGCGACUUCGUCCGGCACCAUUGGUAUAGAUUUGCUCACGUCGAUAACUCACCUUGUUUCCUAAGGAUACCUUGGUUUCUCCGAAUCAUUACCGAUGUGGCGAAUACCUCCAUUUGUCGAAGAAUGAAAAAUCGCAUUCACGUUACGGCAGUGGUCAUAAUCACGUCCUUCGACAGCAGGAGCGACAUGAAGGGCAAGGUCUCUUUGCAGCGCAUCUAACACGAUUUUUUCUACCACAUUGACGUCGGUGAAUUGAAGGCGUCAAUGGAUGGAUGGAUGUUUUCACAGCGCCCUUUGCCCCUGCUAUUCAGAUAAUCAGAUUGCGAACGUACGUGCAAAGUGAAAAGGCGAAGGGGAAAUGAGCGCUAGUACUACAUCUGUAAUGUGGCGCUUUUUGUUAUCCUACCGUCCAAUUGGCGUGUAUAGUGCCAUUCCUCAUCCUACCUACGUCUCUGUCUUUCAUCGGCAUGUUUGUUUACCGG